CCAAGCGCAUUAAUUGGAAAACUGGACUGGAGUCUUUUGUCUUACACCAUACGUUCAUCUUGUCACACGUGGAGGCUGAGGAACGGAGGAGGGAUGAGUGAUAUACGGCUCUCAUCGAGAGGGUCAGGAUGGGGGUGACGUCAACAGCGGGCCCCGUGAUGGUGGCCUUGAAGGCCCGGGCCCAGAAAAUGACGGGGAAGGUUGACCCGGAAGCUUACCUUGUGGCCUUUGAUCGACUGGCCAACACUGCAGCAUGGCCCCGGGAGUACUGGGCGAGCCAACUUGGCCCCUGCUUAAUUGGGGAAGCGCAAGCAGCGUACCGGGCCAUGACAGAUGACGACGCUGCCCAGUACGACCUGGUGAAACAGGCUAUCCUCCGCCGUCUUAACAUCACAGGGGAGACUCACCGGGUCAGGUUCCGAGAGUUCCGGUGGCCACCGAACACCCAGCCCAGGGUGGUGGCCCAGCGGUUAUGCAACAACAUGGCGCAAUGGCUGAACACUACCCAAAAGACCGGGGUUCAGAUGGGGGAGGCCAUUGUUAUGGAGCAGUUCUACCAUGUGGUCGGGGCUGAAACGCAGGCCUGGAUUCACCAGCGCAACCCAGCUACCCUGGACCAGGCCGUGGCGUUGGCCGAAAAUUUUGAGGACGCCCUCAUGUCCUCCCAAUCCACCCUGAUGAACUGCCCUCCCCCAGGGACCACCAUCAAAACACCCCCCGGACCAAGACCUGCCAGAUCACCGACCCCGUCGGGCCAUCCAGCCCCCUUGCCAUGGCGGCAGAGGUUGGCCCCCAGCUGGGGUAGAAUGGUUUCCCCUGCCUCGCUGUCAUAUCAACAGCGGGACAAAUAUGUAUCGGCCCUGCCCUCUGCCCCACCAGUCUGUUUUAGGUGCCAGCAGCCAGGACACAUCGCCAGGUACUGCCCGGCUGCGUCUGCGACUUGGCUGUAUGUCACCUGGCAUCGGAGACAGGUAGGAAAUGGGGAAAUGGUCGGGAGGGCCCGUGUAUGGUUGAUGUUAUGCUGGGAAAUGUGAAGACCCACACGUUAGUGGACACAGGGUGUGAGCAAACUUUGAUUCGGACAGCUCUCCUCGGCGGUGUGUCAUGGCAGCCACAAGAUCAGGUGUCGAUCUCCUGUAUCCAUGGAGACACGGCGACAUACCCCACCCUAAAACUGUAUUUAGCGGUAGGCCCGAUAAAGCGCCACCUGGUAGUAGGGGUGGCCGAAAAAUUACCACACCCAAUUAUUCUGGGUCGAGACUGGCUGCAAUAUAAGGAUUUGGUAAAAAUAUCGGCAGCCUCGACCACACGUGUAGACACGGCAGACCCCCCGAGGAAAGGAAGUAAUUGGCACCAUUUUUCCUUUCCAUGCAGAACUGUUUUCUCCACUUUUUCGUCCUAGGAAAACACACAAGGAGAGACGGAGGGAAAAGUGGGAAGGUGCCUUGAUCAGACACGGUUGGGGCCUGGCGGGGGAAGGGUCUGAUGGUCCCAAACGACAAUCGAAGGGAGUGGGUACACAGUGUGACCGGGCGGGCGAGGCUACUUGACCCUUGAGGGUGGAGACUGCUCCAGCCCCUGUCAAUAUCCCGGACGUGUGGGCCUCAAGCGCAGACCUAGUGUGGGAGCAGAACAACGAUCCCACACUGGUGCACGCUUGGGAACAGGCUCGGUCUAUUGAGGGGAUCACUGUUCGGGAGAGGCCCUACCGGAUCCCAGAAAGCCGGCGGAGUGGCGUCCAGAACGAGAGCACUAACGGGACGCUCCGGGAGUACGUCUGAGGAGCGACAACCCGGAAGUGCUGGGUUUAUUAUUCCCCGUGUUUUUCCCAUUCCCAGACUCAUGGAAGGAAGACAGAUUGUUUUUCUGUUUAUUAUUCGGACUGCAAACCCCCGUUUCUCUUUGCUUUGUCAGGUUACACAUUGUUGUGUAUCCCAGUGGCUCUGUUGUUUAUUAUUAUUAUUAUUAUUAUUAUUAUUAUUAUUAUUAUUAUUAUUAUUAUUAUUUGUUUAAAUGCGUAUUUGGUGACCUGGGUUUUUUGGAAAUAAAACCAAGGGCAUUAAUUGGGAAACUGGACUGGAGUCUGUUGUCUUACACCACCAUCCUGUCACACUGACACAACGUUAACCUAAUAAAAUCAAUAUUCCAGAUACAUUUUUAAUAAGGUGGGUUUGUUAGUGCAUGUUCAUCUGUUUUUCUGACCUAAAUAAAUAAAUAAAUACAUUGUGAAGUUUGAAAUCUUUGAAACUUUUUUUUUUGUUUUAAAUGCUAAAAUUGCUAAAAAGUUAUCCUACUUCUGUGGGGGCAAAAUAUAUUGCUGCCACUUUUGUAACCUGACAAACUGUAAAGAUAACUUCGUAUUUGAACCUCAGUAACCUGGCGUUGCUGUAAAUUCUAAUUGUAUACAGUCACCUGUGCUACUGAUUUGUGUAACGAUAUCAGAAUACGUUUCAAAGGCAAAUUCAAAAUUGCCACGUAAGAGAUUUGUCACCUUGAAAAACAGACCUGCACAAACUGACACUUCACAGUUAGGCUGAAGCUAGCAGUAUUCUGCUGGCUUCUGUUUUAAUGUUCUAUCUAGAAAAAGUGAGACUGUGUUGAUUUAUUUGUGAACAUGUUGUAGAAGCAUUGACCUUGCCUGCUCUUGUUUCUUUCUACACUGUUGGAGAAACCAAGAUUGUAAUUUAUUGUAUUUGGUAAUAUAUUUCAGGGAAAUUGAAAUUGCUAUUGACUCAUAUUGCAUGGCAGUUUCACCCCUUCCAGGUGUUAGUACGAGCUUGAUUAACCACAAUGUAUAGGUAACAAGAUCAAGUGUGUCUUAUUAAACUCAUAGUAAAACCAAGAACCGGAGUGUAUUAAACUGCCAUGCAAUAGGAGUCUUAUUUCCAUCCCUUUAUUUUAUAGUGUUUUUCUGUAUGUUUUGACUGUAUGUAGCCUGUCUGAACCACAGGGGACAUUAUUUUGGAUUCUUUAUAACUUUGCAGAAUAGAAAACAAAUGUAACCAAAUAGAUUCCCAAAUACUGUCUUGUGAUUCUGUGCAUCCAAAGACUUGGUACUCUGUCCUAAACCACUAGUUUGUCAGUCCCAGACUGUUGUGACAUAAAUGAUAAAUAAAAAAAAGAAUUUUUUUAUCGGA